CGUCAUCGUGGUCCUGAUCUAGCAAUAAUUGGCAUUCAUUCGUUUAGAACAGUCAUUUAGCUGUGCCGUUGAUAUCAGCCCUGGGUAUUUACGCAAUUUGGCAUAUAUUAUAGCAUUAAAAAGAAAAAAAGAGAAAAGAAGAAAAUGGCAAGGAUCGUGUCUAAUCCACUAGUCUGGUUUCUAGCCGCCCAUGGCGCGCUUGCGGGUUUGACAGUUGACGUUGAAAAUACAGACUCUAUCAAGGCCGCAGCGGCUCUCGUAGCGGAGGAUCUUAUGGGACUCUACGAUGGCGAAAAACCGGGUAAUAUUCCUGGCAUUUUGCCUGGCGUUGACGAUGGAGAUAUUGGCUGGUGGACAGGAGGUGUUCUAUGGGACACUCUGCUGGACUACAAAACUCGCUCCGGAGAGUCCAAGUACGACGAAACUAUCUCGCGUGGUAUCCAAUGGCAGGUUGGGCAGAAUGACGACUUCCUCCCUGCUAAUUGGUCCGCGACAGUGGCCAACUCGGAUCAAGGCAUAUGGGCUCUGUCCGCUAUCACAGCCAAUGAAACCAGCUUGCAAUUAGAGAAAGACUCUCCACAGUGGUUUACGCUGGCUAAGAACGUCUUUGAUGACUUAAGCAGCGAGGAUAGACGAGUCGAAGAAGGUGGCUGCGCUGGGGCCUUGAGGUGGCAGUUAUACACGAUGAAUGCGGGCUAUAAUUAUAUUGACUCUUCUUCGAACAUUAUAUACUUGAAUCUGGCUGCCCAACUGGCACAUUUGACCGGUGAACAAUCCUAUGCGGAUGCGGCCGCUUCUACAUACGAUAUACUCACGCGUAUCGGAUUUAUCACCAAAAACUUCGAUGUCUACGACGGGGCACAUGCGGACGACUGUAAGGAUAUUAACAAGCUGCAGUUCUCAUUGAAUGCUGCGUAUCUCUUGGAGGGCUCCGCGUUCAUCUAUAAUAUUACCGGAAACGACACCUGGAAAGCGCGUGUGGAUGGCCUUGUCGAUCGAACUCUCGAGCUCUUCUUCCCGGAUGGCGUCGCAACCGAGAUCGCGUGCGAAAAGAAUUCUUGUACCUCGGACAUGCACUUCUACAAAGGAAUACUGCACAGGGCGCUCGCGUCGACCGUGCGAGUCGCGCCGCACACCGCUAGCAAGAUUCAGCCUAGCCUCAAGUCGAGCGCUAAGAAGGCCGCGGCCGAGUGCACCGGCGGCAGCAACGGUCGGUUGUGUGGGUUCGUCUGGAGCACUGGCGAAUUCGACGGCAGUACGGGGGCAGCCCAGCAGAUGAAUAUGUUAAGUGCCUUGGUGAGCAUCCUGCCGGUGGUAGAGCAGGUCUCAGGGGGCAAUAGCAGCGCCGGUAGCGGUAGCGGUAGUAGUAAUAGUAGCGGAAGUGAAAACGGAGAUUCGCAGGGGAACACUUCUAGCGAUGAGACUCACGGCAGUGCGGGAACGAAGGCCAGCGUAGGUCUUGCCCUCUUAGGAUCAGUAUUACUGGGAAGCCUCUUAUUGUAAUAUGUUAUGGUGUACUUUUUUAUUAUGUAUAAUUAGAUAGAUAAUUAUGUAGAGCCUAUGAAAUGUUCUAUUCGGG